GGGAAGAUGUUCUAUUUCAAUUCCUCAUCCUUAUUAGCACAAAGCACAAGAUUAACCACAAUGGAAGCCAUUAGGAUUUCCAAGAAGUAUGGAGGGCUUAUUUUCUUUGACCUCAACCUCCCAUUACCUCUGUGGAAAUCCAGAACUGAAACCAAUUUGUUCAUCGAAGAAGCAUGGAACGCUGCAGAUAUCAUUGAAGUAACAAAACAGGAGCUAGAAUUCUUGUGUGGGAUAGAGCCCACUGAGAAAUUUGAUACAAAAGACAACGAGAAAUCCAAAUUCACCCACUAUAAGCACGAGGUGGUGAAACAGCUAUGGCAUGAUGAUCUCAAAGUUCUAUUUGUGACAAAUGGAACUUCUAAGGUGCAUUAUUACACCAUAAAUGAUAACGGUUUUGUUCGUGGAAUGGAAGAUGCUCCUAUCACUCCUUUCACGAGCGAUAUGUCGGUAUCUGGGGACGCUCUUGUUGCAGGUCUCAUGAGAAUGCUUACAGUACAGCCACAUCUAAUCACCAACAAGGGGUAUUUAGAACACAUGAUUAAGUAUGCAAUUAAUUGUGGAGUCAUAGAUCAGUGGUUGCUGGCCAGACUUGUGGGAUUUCCUCCCAAAGAGAGUGUGGAUCCCUCUGCUGCUGCAACUGGAAGCAGAUAUGUUUCAAUUUCAGAGCAGGAAUUCAGAACUGUAGAUGAAGCAGUAGAGGAUAUGAAAACUCCAUUAAUCUGAGAAAGUUUUAUGCACAUUACCACUCAAAUUCCUCUGUAUUUAUACAUCUAACACCUAUACUUCAAUUUUCACACAUAUGCCACUUAAUGGUGGUAUUUUUUAUGUGAUAUGAAAGGUGUGGGGGGUAUAAAUGUUCACAUUGGGAUUUAGGUUUUAGAGAUGUGGGAAUUGGGUGGUAUUUAUGUAAAUGCCCCAUCAAUCUAAUCUCAUUGUGCUUUCAGAUUGACUGCUCUUAUAGGAGGUAAGUGUAUUA